UUCUGUAUUUCUGUUGCGUACAAUUUGCUCCAGUUUUGGAAUAUUUAACUUUCGAGUUGCUCAUAACAUGUUGCUUAAAAAAAGCGUAUUUUUAAGUCAUAUGAGGAAAGGAAGACUUUAAGAGUUGCGAUAUUAGUUACGAAAGUCUCAAGACUUAAAAAGUUUGCAAAUAACUGAAUGUUAUGACUUAUUAUAUAGGAUAAGCAGAUCAUAGCCACAAUGCUAAAGAAUAUACUUCGCGAAGAAAACGAUGAAUUGUUAAAGUCGGAAGUAAAUGGAUUUAAAGAAGAGUUGGAGUCAGCACUUGGUGCAAUAUCAACAACAACAGAGUUUGAAUCAGAUACAUCAAUGCGCCUUUAUACGAACAAGAUCCCUCCAAAUUUCGGUGCAAACAUUCUUGGUAAAUUAGGUCACCGAAUACAAGACCGUGCUGGCGAUGAUACUACAAGUGGUGGCAAAGGUGCAUACGGUUUAGCAAUCGCGUUUGUUCAAUUGGCAACGUACCGCGAUCUUGGAUUGAUGAAGAUGAUGACAAUACUGGUAAAAUCAGGAGAGACAGGAAAGGAAAUAGCUGGUGGAUAUCAAAACGCAUUGGAUCAAAAUCGAGACACUUUUUAUCAGAGGCAUCUAAGCUUUUUUCAUGCACCAUCCUUAGCAGUGGCACAAACCAUGGUUCACUACUAUCCACCAGGGCAUAAUAGACAAAGCAAAUUUCUCUACUCUUUUCUUAAAGCAAACGGAAUAAACGAACCAAGCACAGUUCCCACUGGCCAAUAUGUCAUCAAAUCUAAGUAUUGGCCUGUUUAUUAUUUGCGGAGAAGUUUCAAUUAUGGAGAACAUAUUGUGGACAAAUCAUCCUCAGAAUAUUAUUCAGAUAAAACAAUAAGAAUUUUAUAUUCCGUGAGUUAUAAUGCAGACACUCCUACAACAAAAGACAAGAUUCUUCUAACAAAAAAACACAACGGUUAUUACAGCUUUAAAUUCGUUGAUCCGCGAUUCAGCAAAUAUAAAAAUUAUAGGUAAGUUACUCUUAAAGUUACUAAAAUGGUAAAUACAAAACUAACU